GAUCGUAAGUCCGACGUGAUUCAAGUCUAAUUGUUGGCCUGAAGCGUUAAAAUUAAAUUGACGUGAUGUUUGGCUCUUUUGCAUCUUACUCGAUAUUUUGUUGCUCUAUCAGACUCACUAUUGUGCUUACAACUUCAAAGUCAGGUAGUUAAAAAACACCAAAACCCCACCAAAUCAAGUUGAAGCCUUAACGGACGGAGCCGAAUCGAGUAUUGGAAAACGGCAAUGUCACACUGGGAAAUCCCACAAUUCCACUCCAGAUCUUGAGGAAGAGGGCCCACUGGAUGACGUACCACUAAUCAUGUCUGAAGAUGGCAUGGAUAGUGAAAAUGAAAGCUUGACCAGGAAGGGGAAAAAACGAGGGACAUUAUAUGGUUGCUUCAACAAUAUAUAUGAUGCAUGUACAAGCUGUUUUCAUCCAUGCAAAAGCUGUCUCUUCAAGGAGAAAGAGCUGAAACCUCGUGAGGUGUGGCUCGGUCGACAUGGACCCGAAGAAGAGACUUACCCAGCAAACAAAAUCCGCAACCAGAAGUACAACAUCUUCACCUUUUGGCCUCUUGUUCUUUACAACCAGUUCCGGCUAUUUCUCAACCUGUACUUCCUUAUAAUGGCCAUGUCUCAGUUCAUCCCUUCUCUGCGAAUAGGCUACCUGUACACCUACUGGGCCCCUCUGGCAUUCGUCAUUUUUGUAACUGUGGUUCGUGAGGCUUUGGAUGAUUUCAGACGUUUCUGCCGUGAUCGUGAGGUCAACAGCCAGCAGUUUCUGAAACUAACACGAGCAGGCCUUGUCAGAGUUCCUAGCUCGGAAAUCCAAGUGUCUGACCUGGUGGUUGUUGAAAAGGACCAAAGGGUUCCCGCUGAUAUGGUGUUCCUGAGGACAACAGAAAAAAACGGUUCAUGUUUCAUCCGCACAGACCAGUUGGAUGGAGAAACAGACUGGAAACUAAGACUAGCUGUGGGAAGCUGCCAAAGACUAGCAAGAGAUGAGGAACUGUUGGACCUGAAUGCCUUUGUGUUUGCUGAGAAACCCCAGAAGGACAUCCACAGUUUCAUCGGCACAUUCAACAUGCCCACAUCAGAGGGCUCAUUAGCCAAGGACACAUUGAGUAUUGAAAAUACAAUUUGGGCCAACACAGUAGUGGCGUCUGGACGGGCUCUUGGAGUGGUCAUUUAUACAGGACGAGAGACACGGGCUGUGAUGAAUACAUCUUACCCACACUCUAAGAUAGGUCUGCUUGAUCUAGAAAUCAACACACAGACCAAGGUUCUCUUCAUUGGCACUAUCAUACUUGCUAUUCUUAUGAUAGGUCUCAAGGGCUUUGAUGGUCCAUGGUAUCGGUAUUUCUUCAGAUAUAUCCUUCUCUUCUCCUCUAUUAUCCCCCUGAGUUUGCGGGUUAACCUGGAUAUGGGCAAGAUUGUAUAUUCUUUCCUAAUUCAAAGAGACAAAGAGAUUCCUGACACGGUGGUACGCACCACUACCAUCCCCGAGGAGCUGGGUCGUAUCUCUUACCUGUUGACUGACAAGACAGGCACGUUGACACAAAAUGAAAUGGUAUUCAAGAAGCUACACCUGGGUACAGUAUCGUUUGGCCAAGAUUCUUCUGAUGAGCUGCGAGCACACCUUCUGACCUCCUAUUCCCAACCCACUGUACCAACUAGCACCACACCAUCCCGUAAACCAGCUGUAAGACGAACGGUAGUGACAAAGGUUUAUGAGGCAGUCAAAGCUAUAGCACUGUGCCACAAUGUAACACCAACAUAUGAGGAUGGAGAGAUAAAUCCAGAGGAGGCUGAGGCUGAUCAGGCCAAGGAGGGCAAAGUGGUUUAUCAGGCUUCAAGUCCUGAUGAGGUUGCACUGGUUUCAUGGACUGAAGACAUGGGCCUUGCUUUGGUAAAGCGUGAUCUCAACUCCAUGUCAUUACGCACACCUACUGGGGACAUUCAUAACUAUUCCAUCUUACAGAUCUUUCCCUUUACGUCCGAGACCAAGCGCAUGGGCAUCAUUGUCAGGGAGGAGGAGACAGGUCAAAUCUACUUCUUCAUGAAGGGAGCGGAUACUGUCAUGAGUUCAAUUGUGCAAUACAAUGACUGGUUGGAGGAAGAGUGUGGUAACAUGGCACGAGAGGGGCUACGUACUCUGGUGGUAGGGAAAAAAAUUCUGACUGAGGACCAGUAUGCUGACUUUGAGCAUCGAUACCAUCAGGCUAAGUUGACCAUUGUAGACAGAGCAGCUAAGGUUGCUGCUGUUGUAGAGAGUCUGGAGCGAGAUCUGGAGCUGCUUUGCUUGACAGGCGUUGAAGAUAAACUACAGCAAGAUGUACGGCCCACAUUGGAGCUGCUCAGAAAUGCUGGAAUAAAGAUCUGGAUGUUGACUGGUGACAAGUUGGAAACAGCUACUUGCAUAGCAAAGAGUGCUAAGCUGGUUUCCCGCACUCAGGACAUCCAUAUUUUCAAAAGGGUUGGCAAUCGAUCUGAGGCACAUCUUGAGCUGAAUUCAUUCAGGAGGAAAUCAGACUGUGCACUGAUCAUCACAGGAGAGUCUUUAGAUGUAUGUCUGAAGUACUAUGAGCACGAGUUCAUUGAGUUAGCCUGUCAGUGCCCAGCGGUGGUUGUGUGCCGCUGUUCACCAACACAGAAAGCUGACAUAGUGGAACUUCUAAAGACACAUACUGGCAAGAGGACAUGUGCAAUAGGUGAUGGAGGCAAUGAUGUUAGUAUGAUCCAGGCAGCUAAUGCUGGUGUUGGCCUUGAAGGAAAGGAGGGACGCCAAGCCUCCUUAGCGGCUGACUUCUCACUCACUCAGUUCCGCUAUGUUGGCCGUUUGUUACUAGUCCAUGGUAGGAAUAGCUACAAGCGAUCUGGUGCCCUGAGUCACUUUGUCAUGCAUCGUGGCCUCAUCAUAUCAGUCAUGCAAGCUAUAUUCUCCUCCAUCUUUUACUUUUCAUCAGUUGCUCUCUACCAGGGUGUGUUGACUGUGGGCUAUGUGACUGCUUACACAAUGUUCCCAGUGUUCUUGUUGGUUAUUGAUCAAGAUGUGACUGCAGAAACAGCCAUGAGAUACCCAGAGCUGUAUAAAGAUCUUAUCAAGGGUCGAGAGCUGUCCUUCAAGAUGUUCUUCCUGUGGGUUCUGAUCAGCAUAUUCCAAGGGGGUAUCAUUAUGUAUGGUGCUCUCUAUCUCUUUGAAGGAGAGUUCAUCCAUAUUGUGGCUAUCUCCUUCACAUCGUUGGUCAUUACAGAGCUAUUGAUGGUAGCCUUAACCAUCCGUACCUGGCACUGGAUGAUGCUGGUAGCUGAGGUCUUCAGCAUGACUGCUUAUGUCAUCUCCCUGUUUGUUUUCGAUAGCUACUUUGAUCGUAAUUUCAUCAUCACUGGUACAUUCUGGUGGAAAGUGGUGGUCAUCACACUCAUCAGUUGUGUUCCUCUAUAUAUUCUCAAGUAUCUACGUAGACGUUUCAGCCCUUCAACUUACUCCAAGCUGAGUGAUUGAAAUGUAAGACUUGUCACUAUGAAAUUGGUGCUGGAACUAUUAAUGGGCUGUGUGGACCAUUGAAAACAGCUGGAGACCAAUUUUCAGUUACAUGGGCACAAACCUACAGUGUGUUUUUGUGACAGAAACCUGAUUGAGCCUGAAUGUAGGGUACUGCAGAAACUUCACUCUUAACACUAAUUCUGUAUAUUAUUAAAGUAAAAAUGAUCAAUACACAAAUUAUGGUCAAGCAUUAGUGAAUAUAAAGCUUACGCAUUCACGUCAUUUGCUGAUGAUCACAUUUGUGGCCAUUCAGAUUGGUGACAAAUUGGCAUUGGAUAUUGGUUUGUAGCAAAAUACUGGCCCAAAUAAAUCAAGCUUAACAGUAAGUUAAAAAAAGUAAGUUAGAAAAGUAAGUGAAUGAAACUUAGGCUGUUAAAUAGUCAAGCUAAAUCCAAAUCUGUGUUUCCUUGUACUGUGCGUAAAGAACGUUCUUGCUUUGUUUAAUGGCUAACAAAAUAUAUGUGUAUGCAUAAUUGCUUAUUACAGUUAGGCCAUGGCAUUGUUAUUUAAAUUUUUAUUUUAUUGGUAACAUGUUGCAGAGAAGAGGGUUCUCUAACAACUGAAAUUAAAACCCCUUGCCUUAACCAAAGCACCCCAUAAAUUUAUUCCUAUUAACCUGACAAGAUUACUGGCAACAUUAGCUUAAUUUAACAUGUGCCGGCAUUCAUUUCAAAAGCUUCAAGAAGAAUGAAAAAGAUAAAAGCAAAGAAAACAUAAAAGCACACCCAAAAAGGAAUUUUCAACCCUUGCAUCCCUCCUUUGGGUCCAGUCAUGAGUGAUUGUUGAAAUAGUCACUCUUUUCAAACAGAAGCAACCCUGUCCAGACUUCGUUCUUGAAUCCUUUUUAAAAUGUUAUUUGGCUUUCAAAUAUUCAUAAAAUACUUGAAUAGCAUGUACUGUUAAUUUUUUUUUUCAGUCAACAUAUAGCAUGAGAUGUUACUAUAUGAACUUGUGAUAGCUGGGAAACACAUUAGUGAAACAGACAUGAUUAAUGCUGGUUCACGCACACUCUGUACAGAUCUAAAACCAAUCAUUCCAUGCAUACAUACAUGUACAUGUUGCUAUUAAAAAGAUGGUGAUUUGAUAAAGUAACCUCGUAUGCUUUUCAGAAGGAAUGCACUUGAAGGCUAAAAAAAAUCUGUGUAUCAUCCAAUGCAUUGAUAUCAAGACAUAAGAGAUACAUGUAUGCCUUCGUUUGGUCAAGUAAUGAAUCCAGCCAGUGCAUUAUGAGAUGACUGGUGUGUAUUUAAUUAUGUAGCAACUUGUGAACACAGCAAGCGUGGAAUAUGGAACAUGCAAUUUUUGGUUAAAACUCUAGAAGGGAAUUAAAAAUUGUGUGUAGAUUAAUUAUAAAUAUCCACAUGCACAGAGUUAGUCCCCCAAAAAGUAACCCAAAAGUAACAUUUAGUUUCUCCCAAAAUAACUGUCGAAAAAUGCUGUUCUCAGUGUCAAAUUAUAGUUCAGGAUGUUCUUUUUUUUUUAACUGAAGACUUCAUUUAAAUCUGGUGAUGCAUUGCGGAAAUAUUGCAAAGUACGUAGCUCAACUUAUUUUUGUUCUGUCCAGUGGAGAUUUAUAUUGUUUAUCUUGCAAAUGCAUGCAGUCUCUGAAUUCAAAUCUUAAAUUAUGGCACAACUGUUUUGGUUCCUUGAUUCUUUCAAAUUCCUUUCUACGUUUAGCUCUAAACUUGAAACCGAUGCUCACUUCAGAAUGUAGUGGUUGUUAAUUGUGCAGUUUCAUUGCUUAA